CCGCCCGUCAAAUGCCAUGGGAAAUGAGGUCUUCGCCGGCAAAACUGAAACGAUUUGGGCAAGUACAAUGCAGAGCCGCCUUUGUUUUUAUUGUGCCAAUUAAUUGCACAAAAAACCUUUUGCCUUUUGGAUGCGGCGCCUUCUUUAUGCCUUUCACCUCGCUCUUGGAGAUGGGGAUACCGAUUAAGAGAUUCCCAGACCGCCAGACGCUCGCAAAUUCGCUUAAAAUGCCAUCAAAAGUCCAUGGGACUACGCCACACACCGGCUACAAAAUCCAAAUCCCAAAAUCCAUCCGAUUGCAACACACGGACUACUCCAUUUUCCGUCUCGCUUUGGUAAUUGAACAAUAGUUUUUCCAUCUGCCAACAGACUUUUCCAUUCGCCGCUCGGCUUUUCAGCUUCAGUUGCAUUUUGUCGCUCGCCUUCAGCACGCGCACUCCACACAAUUGUUGUUAAAGUUGAAUAGUUUAAUACUUUUUCGCUUGGUUAAACGGUUUGCCGCUCGGUGUGCUCAAGAUACUCGUAUCUGCAAUUACUCGCAUACAAAUUGCAAGCAAAUAGUGUACUCAUUUGCCGCAAGCGUAGCCAAACUGAGAAAUGACGUCGCUGCAGCUGGAGACGUCACUGCCGGCGGUGGAGGAGCAAGUGCAGCGGGAGAAGGACAACGAGCCCGCCGAGGACUCGCACACGGCAUCCACAACGCCCACACGCAUUCCACAUCCCGCCGUGGCUCGUUUCCGGCGUUCCGGCUCCCUGCGCCUGCGCGGGAAUCCCGCCGAGCUUGGUUUACGGGCUGAGCACUGGCCAGCCGGCGGAGGCGGAUUCAGUUCGCGCGCCAAGCUCACGGCGAUCCCAUCCAGUCUCGAGUCGCGUUCGCACCCGGUUCACUUGAGGCGUAAUCGCAGCUGGAGCAAUUUAGGCCACAAAACGGAGCUGGAACCGGAAGUGGAGGCUUCCACGGAGGCACUAUGCAACGCCACCCAGUGCUUGUCUUUGAAUGAGGAGACAGUGGCCAAGGCUCCCAAAGUGGCCAACAGCAGCAUGGCCAACGGCAAGCCGCGAAAUCUGUCUCUCAAGUUGAACGGCGGCAGUGACAUCAGCAGCAGUGGCACCGCCAGCAGCAUAAAGGAGUCGUCCCCCAGGACCGCCAGGACGCCCAGGACGCCUCAGACACCUCAGACGCCCCAAACGACGGCCAGCGGUGCAGCUGCAAGUGCGGCAGAGACGCCACCAGCGCCACACAGCUGCAUACGGCAGGGAAACUGCGUCAAGGCCAACCAGAGCAAACUGUCCACGCUGCACGAGGCGAAGAUUUCGCCCAGGACACCGCCCGUCACACCGGACUCACCCAGUACCUAUCUGGACGAUGAUCUAGACUCGAUGUACUCGUUUGCCACCACCACUUCGGGUCGCUCCACGAUGUCCUGCGAGCAUCCCUAUGUGGCCAGAAACGGCACCACCUUCAGUGGUCGCAAGAUGAAGUACGUAGUGCACUGCUCCAACUAUGCGGGCCAGGUGGGACCCGACUAUUUGACGCCCACGCAGCGGGCACAGCGCCAGAUUCGGCGACUCAAGGAGCUGCUGUGCAUUGCGCGCCAGGAUCUGGAGCAGAAGGAUACGGAGCUGCUGCGUCUGACACGCGAGGUGGUGGAGCUGCGCCUGUUCAAGGCAUCGCUCAGUUCGCCGGAGGAGCGAUCGGCCUCCUCCGAUGCGGUAACCGUGCGGGAGGCGGAGCUGAAGACCUCGCAGGAUGUUUCGCCCAUCGUGGACAUGGUGGACGAGGGCAACGCCAAGGGCAGUCCACGGCAUCUGAGCCGCCAGCAGCAGCAGGCGAACCACUCGCUGCAGCACCAGCAGCUGCAGGCCAUGCAGAUGUCGGCGGAGAUGCAGAGCUCCUAUGCGGAUUCCGGCCACUUCGAGGACCUCACCAUGUCGUCGGUGCACUCGAAGGACUCGCAGACGCAGAGCGAGGCAUGCGGCACAGCCACGCCCGAUGGUGAACCGGAUGUGGUCUGCGGGGGCGGUGGUGCUGAUGGUGAUGCCGCCAGCAAUCUGGAGAACUACGAGCUGCAGCGACAGGAACUGAUACGCAUGUACGAGCAUCGGAUUGAGGAGCUCAUCAGGAGUCAGGAUAGCGCGACUAGCGAUCUGAAGCGAUCCCACAACGACAAGGUGGAGGCGCUGCUCCAGAAGCUGGCCGAGUGCAACACCAGGUACUCGGACAUGGUGCCCGACUACGAGCAGGCCAAGCAGCGCAUCCGGGAGCUGGAGAAGCAGCUGGAGGAUCUGCAGCGCAAGCUGAUCGAGCACGAGGAGAAGCAGAACAAGAUGUACCUGCACAUGUACCAGCAGGGACAGGAGGCGGAGCGCAUUUCUCGAGCGGAUCAGGCACUGGAUUUGGCACAGCGUCAGCCGGAGAGCAAGGUGUCGAUCAAUGAGCUACUGCAUCAGCUGCAGAGCACGCAGGACGAGUUGGAGAACAUACGCGCAUCAGAGUGCAGAAUGAGAGAGUGCGGCAGUAAUCAUGCUCUCCUUACUGCAAAAGAGGCGAUUUCUUUGUGGGUACUUGGCGCGCGUAAGACCAUUUAUCGCCGCCUGCUGGAAGCGCAGAAGAAUCGCACCCAUGUGGAUCCGGAGGUGACGCUGCAGUUCCUGAAGAGCGCCAUCUUCUACUUCCUCACGGACAAGGAGAACUCCCAGGGCCAUCUGCAGGCCAUCGAGAGCAUCCUCGAGUUCACCGACGCCGAGAAGCAGAAGAUCAGCGCCGCGAAUCGAACGCCAAAGUGAGGUUCUCGAUCAUCGUUACCCAUGGCGUAUACUUAUUAUUAACACUUAGAUUGCACGGCAAAGUGAGCAAAACGAUGUCUAUGAUUUUGGUUCGCGCUAAAUUGCAUUGUUUUCAGCUAAUUGGCUGGCGGCUUUAAUUUCAAUUUUAUUUUGUUACUGGAAUAAUUUUGUUAAAUUAUGGUGGCGCCCUUGUUAAGUUAUUUCUUUGGCAACGAAGUGUAUAAAUUUUUCCAUUAGUUAAUUUCGAAUUACGUAUAUAUAUUUUCUGGUCUAAAGCUUAAGGCAUAACUAGUACGUCCUGUGUAUGAAUACGAACAUCUUGGGAGAAAUACAAUUUUACAAAAUCUA